AGUAUGAAUGUCUUAUAGAUUUCAUAUAUAGACGAUGUUACGAUCGGUCAGCUGAGUUACCGCGUUUUUAUUCUAAUAAUACGAUACAUGUAUAUUAUGUGCAUUAAUUAAGCGCUAUUCGUAAUCACGCAAACCGUCUUUGUGUUGUCAAAGCAGUACAGUAACGGCACACUACAUACGUGUAGCUGAUUGGUCAUCGCAUUGAAUUUGUACUGAAUAGGUUUUGCUAUUCUGUAUUAGAUUCAAAAUGCACUCUGCUAAUUGAACAUCAGCUUAAAUAUUUGCCUAAAUAUUCUUUGGCCCUCCUGCUGCGCUAUCGCUGCACGGAAAAUGCUGUAAUGUUGUUUUGUGUUCGUUCAUUUGUUGUUGCGUUGCAUUCUCACAAACUAGGGAUGUUGCGAUGGCUUCUUGGAGACCGAGAAUCACAGGGGCCUGUAGAGAAAACCACAGUGUUGUUCAUUGGAGAAGAACAACCGAAGAACGCUUACACGGAACUCCAGGUGCUCAAAGGGCACUUUGACAUGGUUCGGUUUCUGGUGCGGAUUGAUGAUGUCAGGUUUGCUUCAGCUGGCGAUGAUGGGAUCGUGUUGCUGUGGAAUGUUCAGACAGGAGAGAGGCUUCAUGAGCUGCGGGGUCACAGCCAGCAGAUAACUGCCAUCACCCGGUUUCAGAAGCACAGUGCUGAAUCGAGCUGCCCCAUGAUCCUCUCUGCCUCCUCGGACAGGUCUGUCAGUCUGUGGGAUGCAGAUACUGGGAAUCGUGUCCAAACUGUGACAGACUUGCGCUCGUCUGUGAAGUGCCUGCUCGUUCUGGAAAGGCUUGAUUUGUGGCUGUCUGGAGGGAAUGACCUGUGUGUCUGGAAUAGGAACUUUGAGCUUCUUUGUAAAACGGAGGACUUUAAUGAUGCAGGAAUCACUGCCAUGAUAGAGCUGCCUAAGAACUGCAUUGCGGCGGCGAUGGACAAAGAACUAAUCAUAUACAGACUGACGGUGCCAUCCUCUGAAUUGGAAAGCUGGGAGAUUCAGGAGGUCAAGAGACUUAUAGACCACCAAGACAGCAUCCGGGCUUUGAUCAGUGUGAAUGACCAGGCCUUUGCAAGCGGUUCUCAUGUGGGUGAGUUGAUAGUCUGGGAUUCCCUGGACUGGACCAUUCAGUCAUAUGAACGUGUUUUCGGGGACACUGCACAGGCGGACAUUCAGUCAGAAAUCAAACUACUAUCACCCAAGCAGAAUGAAAUGUCUGUACAACACCUGACUUCCGAUGGGGAGUACAUUGUUGCUGCAAUUGGAAGUGGUAUAUACGUCUACAGCCUGCUGACAAAGAAUGUGAUAGCGUACAGGAAAACCGCGCAUGACUCGGAUGUGUUACACACCUUGAAGCUACCCAAUGGGCAGCUGAUUUCCUGUUCAGAAGAUGGGAGUGUCCGUUUCUGGAUGCUGCAGGACCUCCCUCCCCCUGCCGAGCAUGCAUCCUCAGCAUUCUUUGGCAUGUGGGGGUUUGGAAGAGCAAAUAAACAGCCCAAUCAGCAAGUGAAGAAGGGGGCGGACUGCUUGGUCCUCCGCUCUCUGGAACUGACCGGGGACCUCAUCGGGCACUCUGGAGCUGUGCAGAUGUUUCUGCCUUUUAAUGACAAUGUCCUGGUGACUUGCUCUACUGACCAUCUCGUCAUGUUGUGGAAGGAUGGAGACCGGGAGUCAAGGCUGAGAAGCUUGGACUUAUUUAACAAACUUGAGCAAAAUAAAGGAUUAUGACUGUG